UGCGUGCGUGCGCGCGCGCGCCUUUCUAUAUGUGUCUCAGAGAAGCAGCCGGCGGGGAACAUGAAUACCGUGCUGACCCGCGCCAAUUCGCUCUUCGCCUUCUCGCUGAGCGUGAUGGCGGCGCUCACCUUCGGCUGCUUCAUCACGACGGCCUUCAAGGAGCGCACGGUGCCCGUCAGCAUCGCAGUUUCCCGGGUCAUGCUAAAAAACGUAGAAGAUUUCACUGGCCCAGGAGAAAGAAGUGACCUUGGAAUCAUUACUUUUGACAUUACUGCAGAUCUGCAUAGCAUAUUCGACUGGAAUGUGAAACAAUUAUUUCUGUAUUUAUCAGCAGAAUAUUCAACAAAAAACAAUGCUUUGAACCAGGUUGUCCUCUGGGACAGAAUCAUUUUGAGAGGAGAUAGUCCAAAGUUGCUUUUGAAAGAUAUGAAAUCAAAAUAUUUCUUCUUUGAUGAUGGAAACGGUCUCAAGGGCAACAGAAACGUCACUUUGACUCUUUCCUGGAAUGUCGUACCAAAUGCUGGCAUCCUACCUCUUGUGACAGGAGCAGGACAUGUAUCUGUUCCAUUUCCAGAUACUUACAAAACAGCAAAAAGCUAUUAAAUUAUUAUUCUGAACCUUGAGUAACAUAUUUUUAUACUUGUACAUUACAAAUUUUAUCUCCCAUCCAGUGCAAUUGAAAGGUACUUUACUAAAUUUCUUUAGGUUAAUCCGAGGGAGGGGAAAAUUCAGUUGGGUUUGUUUUAAUUUUUGAAGAAAUUAAAUUGAAAUCUCAAGGAAAGAAGAUGAUUUGCUUAAAUUUUGGGCAGAAGGUUUUUAUGUUGGUUACUGGGACAAGAAAUACCUUUCUUAUAAAUAAACAAUUUUGAAACCAGAAA